AUGGCGUUAUUCCAAGGCCUAAUUCAGCCACCUAAGAUCCAGAGCGCUGAAGAGACUAUUCCAACUUUAUGUGAUCGGGUUGAAAAUGCUACACUUAUCAGUGAUAGAAGGUCGGCUGUCUUAGGAUUGAAGGCGUUUAGUAGAGAUUACAGGGAAGCUGUUAUAGCUUCCGGAUUGAAACCCCUGAUCAGUACUCUCAAAAAGGACUCUAUUGACGAAGACUCAGUUAAAGCCAUACUUGAAACAUUGCUCAUCUUAUUCAUUCGGGGUGAAGGCGAUGCUGAUCUCACACGUAACUGGAUUUCCCAACAAUCGAGGCUUCAGAAUGGCAAGUAUCCAUCUCCUCUAAUCAUGAAGCAGGAGCGUCAGUCUGUUGACCAGUUUUCCUUGUGGAUUGCGGACUUCAUGACUCAGAACGACGAAUUAGUGCAACUCUUCAUAAAGUUGUUGGAAACUGAAAACUUCCACAUACGUCUUUAUACUACACAACUUUUGGAGGCGUUCGUUGCAUCACGGCCAUCAAGGACUCGGGAUGCUAUUUUAUCUAUACCUGUGGGUAUUUCAGCUUUGGUGUCCCUUCUUGACGAUAUUCAUGAGCCAGUUAGAGAUGAAGCCAUCUUACUUCUUAUGGUUGUGGCGAACAAUAGCCCUCACAUUCAAAAACUUGUGGCCUUUGAAAAUAUAUUUCAGAGACUAUUUGCUAUAAUUAAAGAGGAAGGAGGUUUACGAGGCUCACUGGUGGUAAGCGACUGCUUAUCUUUAAUAGUCAAUUUGCUAAGCUACAGCACCUCGAACCAAACACUGUUUCUUGAAACCGGAAACCUGCCACAGAUGGCCUCCUUGCUAAACGAGCCCAUGGAGGAAGAGUUUUUUUGGAACGAUCAAAGGCUGCUUAAUAUUAAGACCACAUUAGAGAUCCUGAGACUGACUGUCGAACCACAUAGCACUACUACGCCCAGGAAUCAAAAAGCUCUUUCAGAUUCUCACCUGCUGAUGAUAGUAUUGAGGCUGGCACUUUCGAGAAGCACACCCAACUCCGUACGCCCAUAUGCCCUUUCAACUGCUGCCGACAUGAUACGCGAGAACGAAAAAGUUCAAUCCGAAUUUCGAAAAAUUGACGCUCCUCUGUUUGAUCCAAGUCUAGGCACAAACCAGACUCAAGAAGAACAAGAUCUUGUUCCGAUCGUAGAUCUUCUAUUGAAUUGGUGCUUUUUCGCUAAUUCUAUCCACACUUUUGACAUAAGAUAUGCAUCGUCUGAACUUAUAAAGGCAUACUUGGCCAAUAAUCACAUUCUGAGAAUGAGCUUUAUUAACAGCCAAGCAUCUCUUUUCGAAGAAUCGAAUGAUAUCCUCAAUGGAAGUGAAAACAUUUUAUCCAAGCCUUGCAUUUUUAACAUUUUGCUAGAUUAUGACCCAGAGCUGAAGCUUAAUCCAUACAAGCUCUUUUUUGCAGUGGAUUUAUUAAUGUUUUUGUUUGAUCAAGAUCAUGCAGAGGAGCUGAAAGAGGUCGUGAGGAACGUAAAAUGUCCUGAUUUGAGUACAGAAGAAGACCCGCAGGAGAUGACAAGUCCUAUACAGACAAUUUGCGAACUUACACUGACAUCUUUUUCCUUAGAAGAUCCCAGGGUAUCGAUUUCCUACCUUUGCCUUUUAAUCUUUUGGAUAUUUGGUGACUCAGGCGCUGUUGAUGAUUUUCUUUCUCACCGAGUGACCCUCAAAUCGCUGAUUUCGAGCUCUGCGCAUAUCCAGCGUGAUGAUAGCACUAUCAACUGCUUAAUUUGCAUGCUAUUAGGCGUAGCAUAUGAAUUUUCGACUCCCAAGAGUUCACUUUCGAGAUCUGAGUACUUCGCCCUUCUCAAUAAAAGCAUUGGUGCGGACAACUACUCAUUCCGUAUCAAGCAGUUUACUGAAAAUUCCCUCUUUACAAGUUCAAGGGAGAUGAAGGGCGUCCUGGACAGUGUUGAAACGGAUGUUACUGGCCUACCCAAGAUUUACUUCAGCUCGUACUUCAAAAAACUCCUAAGAAACAACCUUUACAGAAUCCAAACAGCUAUGAAACGUGGCCCAGAUUUCCAAAUUAAGGACAAAGUAUCUUUUGAGUCCUUGGAAAAGUUGAUUCAACAGAAAACACAGCUUGAAGAAGCUCUACUUAAGUCGGAAGAGAGCUCAAAAGGACAGAUCGAGGAUUUAAAUCGCUCUCUGGAAGAACUACAGAAAGCAUUAAAGAGCACCGAGGAUGAAAAGAAAGCCGCAGAACUCGAUCUCGAGAAUGUUCGCGCUUCCUUCAAAAAUUUAGAGGACAACUAUUCAGGAACUAAAGAAGAACUGAACCUGUUACAGAAAGAAAACUCUGACCUUGUUGCCACUAAUAGCAAAAUUGAAAACACUAAAAAAGACUUGGAGCUCAAAUUCAAUAAUAAUAGAGACGCUUUAACUAAGCUUGAAAAAGAGUUGAGCAUUGUAUGCGAGCAAAAGAAAGCAGCUGAAGAUGGUAUAAACAAAAUGAAUCGUGAGUUGCUUGUUCUGUCAAGGGAGCAUAACGAGCUAAAAAACACAUCAACAAAAUCCAAAAAUGAACUCGAAAAGGUUUUGGCAGCUUCAAACGAGGAGCUUAAACGACUCCAGGAUUUUACGCGUGAGAAAGAUUCGAGUAUUGAGAAAAGUCGAGCAGAGCUUGAACGUUUAAAAUCAGAAAAUAAGGCUCUUCUGCUUGAAAAAGACAACGCUUCUAGAAAUAGUGCGGAGUUGAAAUCCAGGCUAGCAAACCAGGAGUUACUUGUAUCAAAACUCACAACUAAACUCAAAGACAUUGCUGAGAAAUAUAAGAGUAUUGAGCAAGCCAAGGCUAGUAAAGAACAUGAACUCGCAGAGGUGUCAGAAUCUAACCAAACGAAAAUCCUGUCUCUUCAAAGCGAAAUUGUGGAGUUGCGUCAACAAUACGACUCCAUGAAACAUGAUAAAGACAAUAUGUUGACGGAGACUAAAAAACUGAAAAAGUCGCUCGAGGACGCCGAGAGGUCUCGGUCUGAAGCAGCUUAUGAGAUUAAGCAGCUCAAAAGCGAACUUGACCAUUCGUCAAAGGAAAUAGAACAGCUCAAUUCGUCAAGCGAGGAAAAAAGCAAGAAUCUCGCUGACGCCGUUAAUACCUUUAACAAAGCUAGGAAUGAGCUUGAAUCACUCAAUAAAACACUCGCAGAAGCUAAUGACAAGCUCCGUUCGCGGGAAUCAACUAUUGAAUCUUUGGAGGAAAAAUUGCAAGAACUUAAGAAGUCUAGCGACGAAAAGAUUGCAUCAUUAGAGAAAAGUCGUAAGGAUUUGGAGAAAUUUCAACAAAAAUUUAGAGAUUUAGAGUUAGAAAAAAGCAAGACUCAAGAUGCUCUCACUGAUUUACAGAAAGCUCUUCAAGAUGAGAAAAAUAACCAUCAAGAGUCAUUGCAGUUGCAAAAAGACAAGAUAAAGCAGCUGGCCCUAGAAAAAGAAAAUUCUGCUGAAUCGACCGAAGCACUCAAAUCUGAAGUUUCAAAACUUCGUCAGACAGUUGAAGACCUAAACAAGUCUCACAAAUUAGUACAUGAGGACUAUGAGAAGAAGGUAUCCGAGUUGAAAAAAAAAACGGUUUCCUUGCAAGAUGAAUCUUCCCUCCGCCUCCAAGAAGUUUCAGCCUUAAACACCGAGUUAGAAGAGACGAGGUCGAGGGCAGAGAAGUUAGAAGAACAGGCAACAGAUUUGAAGGAAAAACAUAAGAACAUUUGCAACGAAAUUAAGUCCAAAGUCAAGCAGGAGAAAGAGAAGGACUCUAGAAUUCUUGUUCUUGACAAAGAAAUGAAAAGCGCAAAAACAGACUUGAGCGAUAUUGUUCACAAGCUGGAGGCAUCAAACUCCGAAAUCGCCAAGUUACAAGAGAUAAAGGCCGAAUUCGAGAGCCAGGAAUUGGAAGGAAAGAAACAGAAGGAAGAUUUUGAUGCUGAGAUAAAGACACUGAGGGCCAAGUUGAAAGAAAAAAGCGCCGAAGUGGAGAAGGAGAGAAAAAUGCUUAAUGAAGGAUCAUCAAACUUAGAGCAGGAAUAUUCGAGAAAGAUAUCUCAACUUGAAGAGGAACUUGAGUCUCUUGAAUCCAAGCACUCACUCAAACACCAAGAAAGCGAUAACGAAAAGAGAAAGCUAAGUGGGCUGCUGAAAAAAAGCGAAUCAUCAGCCACAGAAAAGAACAGAGAGCUUGAAUGUGUUCGAGAAAGUAUGAAAAAGUUAAGGGAGAGCUUGAAGGACAAAGAACAGCAAUCGGAACAACUAAGUAGCCUGCAAAAAACACAAAGUGAUAAAAUGAGAGAAGAACUUGGGUUAGCCAAUCAAAAGCUCGAAGAAGCGAGGGAGAAAGGGAGGAAGCAUAAAGAAAAUCUCGAAGUUGCCCUUUCGCAGAAAGCAUCCGAAGUCAAAAAGUUGAAAGAUCAAGCAUUAAACUAUUUGUCAAAGCUAGACGAAAAGGAAGCUAUUAUCAAUGAAAGUAAGGUUCAAUUGGAAACUGCCAAAAGAGAUUCAGACGAGUUGAAAAGCUCUAUGGAUUCGAAAAUUAAAAAGUCACAGGAAACGCUUUCGAAAGCUGAGAAUGAACGAGACCAAUUGAGGUUAGAGCUCGAUCUUUCGAAAGAAAAACUCGAGGUUAACAACCAAAGACUGCACGAGCUUGACGCAACAGAAGCUCAACUCAAAGACCUUAAGAUGACAAUCGAAAACAAUUUGCAUUUACUGAGUAACUCGGAAGCAGCUAAGCGAAAUUAUGAAGCCCGAUCGAAGUCUUUGGCACAGGAAUGCGAGAAGGUAUCUUCCACUUUAAAAGAAGUCGCAAGUCAAAAAGAUGAAGUAGAGAGCAAACUUAGAACCUCCGAAAAUGCUCUUUCGACUCAUGCAAAGAAAAUUGCCGAAACGGAGCUUCAACAGAAUACGGAAGUCAAGAGGUUGGAAGACGAAAUCGCGAAAUUGAAGAAACAAGCCGAAGACAGGUCCGAAGUUGACGAUCUGAUGCUUUUAGUUACCGAGCUGGAUGAGAAAAACCAAAAAUAUCGCAAUAAGUUAAAAGCACUGGGAGCAGACUUCUCUUCUGAUGAAGAGGAUGAGGAAGAGGAUGAAGAAGACGAAGACUAA